AUGGGUAAAAAAAUCCGGAGGCCGCGUGAGCCUGCUGUGGGGGAAUGCUGCGGCUCGGGCUGUACGAGAUGUGUUUAUGACGUCUACUAUGAUGCACUGAUGGCGUACGAGGAGAAUAAGCUUUCCAGUAGCGAGGAGGAAGAAGAAGAGUCAAACGACAGCAGCUUAGACGAGGAAGACGCACCCAAGGAUUACAUCGGGUCGGUUGUGAUCAAGUACCUCGACAAUCUGUCCCCCAAAGACGUCGCGAAGGCCGAGGAGCGGAUUCAUCAGGAGCUCGAACAUAAAUACACCGCACUGGAGUCUCUGGAGUUACUAAAAAGCAGCCAUCCAGGGGUCGAUCAGCCCUCCAUCCACGUCCUUUCCGUUCAGCCGGUAUCGCCGAUUCCCACCCCCCAUCCCGGCGACGUCGUCGAGGUCUUCGUCCCGAACGACCACCCCGCGCUGGACCACAGCGUCGAGCAUCUCUGCCGGCGGCUGCGGGUGGACCCCGACGCGGGCUGCCUCCUGCGCUGCUCCCCCUUCGUCCCGGAGGCCGAAUUCCCCCCUUGGCUGCCGCGGGACCGCCCCCUGACCGUCCGCCAGCUGCUUUCGAAUUAUGUGGAUAUCAGCAGCUCCAGCUACCUCCUUCGCCCGGCCUUCUUCCAGAGCCUGCUGCGGCUCCACCACAACUCGUCGGCCAAGGCGGGCGGGGGGGCCGAGGCCCUCGCCGAGGGGGUGGAAUUGCUCCGCCGAUGCGCCUCGGCGGCGGAUGCGGGGGCGGUCUUUCGCGCCAUCGCCAACGGCGGCCGGCCGCUUUGCUAUCCCUGCCUGGCGGAGGUCCUGGAGCUCUUCGCCUUUGUUCGGCUCCCGCUGGAGCGGAUGCUGGAGAUCACGGGGCCCCUGCAGCCGCGAAAAUUCAGCAUCGCGGGCCACCGGGCGCUCUCGCGGGAUCGGGCGAAAUCGCUGGAGCUUUGUCUCCGCCAGGUCGUGGCCUCCCGCGAGGGCCUGCCGAGCCCCGCCAUCCCCAACGAAACCGCCCUCCACUUCGCGAAUUUGCUCAACGACGUCGCGUUUCGCAGGGCGGACCGCCGGGAACUCCGCUCCUCGCACUUUUACGGCCAUACGACGAAUCCCCUCGUUUGGGAGGCCACCCGCGGCGCGGCCCGCCCCCUCGGCCGCGGGAUUUACCUCGGCACGUCGUUGUUCGGGACCUCCUCGUUCGGCCACGAGUUGAAAAAGGCCCUCCGGGGCCUUUCAUCGGGCGGGAUCGAAGCCCGGAUGACGCCGGUGAUUUUGUUGGCCGCCGGGACCGGCAUCGCGCCGUUGAUCGCCGGCGUUCGCGAGCUUUGGCGGGCCCGGGAGGAAACCGCGCGAGGGGGGAUCGCCGCCCCGCCCUAUUCAUGUAUGGUGAUGUACGGCAGCAAAACCAAGGCGGAGUUGGUCUACCACGAUACCCUUCUCGCCGCGCGGGAAGGUGGGGCGAUCAGUUCGUACGAUUAUGCCCUCUCCCGCCAGGCAGAUGACGGAAAGGCGGGAGAACGGAUAACGGAUCUUCUCGAAAGGAAUGCGGCAUACCUCCGAGACGCGCUGCUCAACCUUCAGGGGAAGCUUUUUUGUUGUGGUCCGGCGAAGGCUAUGGAAGCGGUUCGAAGUCUUUUGGAGAAAAAGAUAUUCGCCGACCCGGACGACGAUGAAAGCAUGCAGCAGCAUCGCAUUCACUUUUUAGCCGAAAAGAAACAGAUCCUGUUUGAUGUUUGGACCUCGAUCGGCUUUUUAGGCUAA